AUGGAAUAUUCUUUCUGUGAUCUGACGUCAAAGAUGGGCACAUAUAUGUGCUACGAUGAUAGGAAACCGAGUGAUAAAAUGGCUUGUGUAGAACAGAAUAAAUUAGAAAGCAAGGGCGAAGAGUGUAAAUGUGCCGACGUAAAAUCGAAAAUGGAAGAUGGUGGCGUGCAUACGAGGCGCGCAGAAUCUGGAAAUCAGUCACCGCAAGAAAACCAGCAGUCCCUGGGUCCGGAGUUCCUAGUGCUUUAA